AUGCUCGCACAAGUGACACCACCCCCAGUCGUGGGUGCGAGGCAAGUCACUGCCGGGGAAACGAGGGCAAUUACACGGAAGAUCACAGGCCCACCGCGGACCCUGACAUCUCAAGAUUGCGCCGUUACCUCGAGAGGGUACUGCGAAAAAUGGGCAGUUGCCCUCUACACGAGAUGGACGGCGCCGUCAGGUUGUCCAACGAUUGUCACGCCGUCGCCGGAUCUGACGUACUUUGAAGAAUGCGGGCUUCCCAACCACAUGCCCGUUUUCGUGAACGGAGGAUACUACUCGCCGGGAAUAUGCCCGGAAAGCUACUCCAUCGGCUGCCUGGCGGGUCCCAUUGACGCGCAGGUCAAUGGCGAACCCGUUGACGAGAACGAGACUGUGGGAUUUUGUGUUCCAACGAGCUAUCGAUGUGUCUCAAGUAACGGUGGCACGUAUCAUGCGACUCGAUCAAGGUCCACAGCGUUGGCGUACCAGAUUCGCUGGCAGUCCAGCGACCUCAUCAACCUUCCGGAGCAUCCCAUGGCGGGAUCCAACUUCGACCCCAACAUCGAGACCAUAACCACACCAGAGAUAGAGUCCUUGUCCACGUCGGAGACUUCGUUGUCGUCCGGUUCCUCAUCUCAGCCAUCGCCCUCGAACUCCCAGCCAACACGUUCGCCCUUGCAAUCCGCAGAGGGCGACGCAGCUCAAAGGCCUCCUGUUCUUAUCAUCGUUCCCGUGGUCAUUGGUACCAUCAUCCUUCUCGCACUCGUGGGUUUCUUCUGGUUUUGGAAGGUCCGCCGCCGGCGCCGAAGACGUGAACAGGAAGGCCAGCAAAUAAGCGAGGCAACCGGCGGCCGCAUUGAAGGAGGGGAUUGGAAUGGCCAAGGUCCUGGCCCUGGGCUCGCAGAACUCCCAGCCAUCUCAAAACCGGUAGAAAAGGACGAUGAUAGCUUUUUCGUCAGGCCGCCAGUUGAGAUGGACGCUACGCAAACCGCAAUGCCGAGUGACGCGCCACCAGUGCACUCGCCUGACCAGUCGAAAGUUGCGAGAGACUGCGCGCUCGAUACAGUCUCUCCGUUGUCCGAGCUACGGCUGGGAAUCGGGUACGAGCUGGACGACGGAGAUCGGGGUAUGUCCACUGUGACGCCUUCUGUAACAAAACGAGAGAGUGGCGAUGCCUGGGAGCGGCAGGAGCUGAUACGAAGACAGUGUGAGUUGGAGGAGCGGAGAGCAAGGCUGGAAGAGCUUGAAGCCAUCGAGAAGGAGCAAGCAGCGAUUCGGCGGAGGUUGUCGGCGCUGUGA